CAUUUAUGGGCCAGACAGAUGCGAUCAGUUGUUACGUGUGCUUGGCUACUGAUGGCUGCAAUGACCAGUUUAACGCGUUUAAUUCAGCUGUCACUUCUGCAACAGGUUGCCUAUCAUGCUCCAAGGUCAAGAUCGGCGACGCUGUUCCUCGAGGUUGCGAGUCUACUUCCUCCGUGGAACUUUGCGUAGAGGUCGAAUCUUUAUCGGCCCACUCCUGUUACUGCAACACAGACUUCUGCAAUAGCGCAAGUCACGUGACUGUUUCCAUGGUUACCGCUCUUCUCCUCGCCUUGGUUGCUAUGGUGUUCAGAUUUUGAAGAUACAUGGAUAUUGCAUGACUUUAAAAUUAAACAUC